AUGGAUGCAUCAAUGGUCAACGAAGCGGUGAUUGUGGCAAAGAAGGAAGUGGCAUCAUCAGGUGAUUCCUAUCGUGGUUCUUUGAGAAAAGCAAUCGAAGCGAUCAAGGUGAGGUCAGGCAUUGGAGAGCGGUCGGUGCUUGGAGCUGAUGGUUCCAAUAGCGAGCAAGUAGGAAGUAACACGACCGCCGCGUACACCGCCGAAACCCUAGUAGCCAUGGACUACCUAGAUGCGCACCCGGCACCGGCUGUUCACAACAGGAAGAUCGAGAACCGAGGAUCAUGUUCCAUUGUUCCAUGCUCAUAA